AAUAUCAAUGGAGAGAAUAAACAGCAGAGUUCUCGUAACGGGUAGCCUGGAAAGAAAACGAGAAGCUAACACCGUUGGCCCCUGCUCGCUUGUGUGCUCGGCGGAGGACACUUGCUGCUACCCUGGUUUGCUGCCCUUGCUCCUUGCACACUUGCUGGGGCCCUUUCGCGAAGGUCCCUGCCAGCACCACUCGGCACCACCACCCAGCAUUUGGUUUUUGGAGCUCUGCUCCAGGCCUUGCUCGCCUUUUCGCCCUUUUUUUCUGCCAAUCUAAGACCUUUCCGGUACUGUCUUUGGGCCAUACCCCUCUUGAGUGGUCGGCUGGCGAGCGAGCGGACCAGGGCAACACCGGUACGUACAGCUCAGAGAGAGCGGAACGGGACACCGGGCCAGGCUGGACGAGAGAGAGAAGAGAGAGCUCAGUUGUUUUCUCUGCUGGGGGGGGAGACACCCCGGCAAGCCCACAGAGAGCUGAUCAUCCUCUCACCACCACCACCUAAAUCAGGCCGCAUCCCUUCCUCCUCCUUCUCUUCCCUCCUCCUCACCACCGCUCCACCGACCUCCCCCAAUUUUUUUUUUCUCUCUUUUGGCUUUUGAAAGAGGCAGGAACGUCUGAGAGGCGAGGAACAGUUGCGCUGAGUCCCGACACCCCGAGUUGCUUGCCGGUUUAACUGGAGGGUCGAGCUACGAACAGAGCGCAAAAACGUUGUCGAGAGGGCCAAAAAGAACGCAAUCAGGGACACUCAAAGCUUGUCCCAACCCCAACCGCGUGUCUUUAUCGCUGAGUUCAAACGUUGGUCGAGAUCACCUGCAAUUUUCAUCUACCGCUGUUACUUCUGCAUCCCACCUGCUGGUACCACCGCCUGCAUAAAGUAUCUUAACCGCCCCUCGCCACCAAAGCAUUGGACAGCCAGCCAGCCCCGACAUCACAGAGAUCCGCUUUCUCCCUCCAUCUGAAGCUCGACUUCCUCGACGACUGCCUCGCGUCCGCUCACGAACACGUCCUUCGUCUUGUUCAGUGAUCUGGUCUUGUUGUCAAAUCCAACCAACAUCUACGGCGUCCAGCAUUUUGCUAUGCUGGUUUGAUCGUGAUCGCGGAUUCCCAUAUCGCAACCACGCACCCGAGAAGAAAAAAAAAGCUACCCAAUUGGGCCACUCUAGAGAGCUUGUCGUGCCAUCAAGCCUGACUGUCUCGUCUUGUCCCCCUCUUCGGCCCGACAGUAGUCUCCAUCGUGGAGACCGGCGGUUACGUGACCGCAAACUCAGAUUCACCCAGCUUCGAGAAAUACCGAAAAGCUGGAUCUCCCGUCGAUCUCACAAGGGCAUACCCGGGGUCCGUCCACCGAAGUGCCGUACUAUCAUCAGCAGCGACCGUUGUAUGUGAACGAGAGACUGCCAUCUUUACCUUUGCCGCAGCCUCCCCAGGCAUAUUCCUCGAGCGGUUCGUCACCCCGGGUAAGCUCGAUAUCAUCUGCUGCAAGCUCCCACCUUGGUUCGCAGUCGUCCUUCACCUCAGCUGCGUCCUCCAACGGCCCCAAGACCCCAGGCACGCUUUCCCCAACGCUUCCGGGUAACUCUGUACCAGGCCCGCAGAGUCAAGGACAUCCAGGAUACGAGCAUUACCCAGCGAUGCAAAGUGGAACGGAGAUGUACUACCAACCGGCACCUCACAUGUCUACCGGCCAACAGCCGCCCCCGCAGACUGUCACUUCUCACUACGGCCAACAACAACCACCUCUGUUGCACCCAGGUCCUGCUCAAUACCCCCCAGCUCCCUAUGGAAGUCAGUACGGUUACGGAAAUGGCCUUGCCUCUCCGCAGACAGGACCGCCCUCGGUGUCAAACCCGAUGGGUGGUGGUCAGCCAGUCCUCCCUCUCCCCGGCGUGAACCAGCCAGGCAUGCCCAACAACGCAUACACGGCCGGCUUCGACACGACUGGCCAAGUCGCGCCACCGGGUAUGAAACCCCGCGUGACAGCAACGCUUUGGGAAGAUGAGGGCAGCCUGUGCUUCCAGGUCGAGGCUCGCGGCAUCUGCGUCGCCCGCAGAGAAGACAACCACAUGAUCAACGGUACCAAGUUGUUGAACGUGGCAGGAAUGACACGUGGGAGACGCGAUGGUAUCUUGAAAAGCGAGAAGGUCAGACAUGUGGUCAAGAUUGGCCCCAUGCAUUUGAAGGGUGUCUGGAUCCCAUUUGACAGAGCUUUGGAGUUUGCCAACAAGGAGAAGAUCACCGAGCUUUUGUACCCCCUAUUCGUGCACAACAUCAGCUCCCUGCUUUAUCACCCUGCGAACCAAAGUCGGGCCAACCAGGUUUUGACCGCGACGGCAGAACGCCGGAAGCAGGAUAGUCUGCGCGCAGGUCAACCACCAAAUGGCCUGCCGUCUAUUCAGCAGCAGCCGCAGCACCACCAUCACUCGAUGUCCCUUCCCGGUCCUCAAGCUCCUCUCCCAUCGCAUUCCAGCAUGGGCCGCCCCUCGAUUGAUCGCGCGCACCCCUUCCCCACCCCACCCACCAGCGCUUCCAGUGUGAUGGGUCCUAUGGGUGCCUCUGAGAACUUUCAAUGGAGCCAGCAGAGCAUGAACAACGGCCAGUCGAGUCAGAUCUCGAUUGACACCACUUUGAGCAACAAUGCCCGGUCGUUACCCAACACACCUGCGACCACGCCUCCCGGGUCUACCCUUCAAAGUAUGCAGAAUUACCCCCCGGUCAGCCAACCAUAUGACAGCUCGCGCCAAAUGUACCAGGCACCGCCCCCGCAACAGUCCUCGUACACUUCUGCAAACCCCAACACCCAGGAAAGAUCCAUCUACGGCCAGUCCAACUACGUAAAAACUGAAAUGCCCCCCCCAGCCGGUCGCGCCACGGGCCAGGGAAACGAGCAGGGUGACUCGAAGCCGCAGAAUGGGCUGAUGCACGGCGAAAACCAGCCUGCCUCUGGACAGGAAGAGGAAGCCGACCACGAGCAUGACCCCGAGUACACUCACGACAGCGGGGCCUAUGACGCAAACCGCAACUCGUACAAUUACAGCAACCCCCAAGUGGCCUCGUUACCAAACGACCACGCUCAUCUGUCUCCCGAGAUCUCUGGUUCUCCCCACCAAGCUGGUUCCGGAAGAGCGACUCCUAGGACCGCCGCUGCCCCGCAAUCAUACUAUGCCCAGCAAGGUUACCACACACCACCGCGCGCACCCGGUCAACCGUCAAGCAAUCUCUAUAGCGUGAUGAGCAGCGACCGCAAUGCUCCCAACGGAACCAACGGCAGUGACGUCUAUGCCAGCCAGCCGGACAUGAACUCGAUGCCAAACGGCUAUGCGCCCCAACCACCAGUGCUGAACGGCUCAACGUCCUUGAAGCGCGGUAGAGACGACGAUGACGACAGACCGAGCAGCGGCGGUGGCGGCAUGUCAAUGGACAUGAAGAGACGCAAGAUGCUUGAUGGCAGCGGGUCGAUGCCAUCACCCACUUUCAACCCCCCCAUGGCGCAACCUGCUUCUACCAUUCCUUCACAAAGACGGAGGUAAUACGGCGAUAGCAUCUUGAUUUUCGCGACGAACGAACGACCAACAACGAAGGGCUCUUUUUUUUUUCUGGGAGGGCCCGGGUUCUCAAGGACGAUUGCUCAGGCGAGCAAAACAGCUGACGAUUCUCUUUGUUGGAUGCUUGCUGAUAUGGCUGUACAUGGCUGAUGAAUUAACGGA